GCCCGGCAGAGACUGAGGGAGAGAGAGAGAAAGAGGAGGAGGGGAGGAGGAGGAGGAGGAGGAGGAGGAGGAGGAGGAGGAUUCAGGGAAUAGGAGCUGGGGAGCCCUGCUGCGCCACAGAAAAUUUCCAAACACUUGGGGAAAAUAGGAAAGCUAUCAGAAAGGCAGUGGCACCAUUAUACUGUAUUUGGUGCUUUGCCAGAAGCAAACUCAGGUGAUCUCUGUUUCUUCCUUCUUCUUUGCAUCCUAUUUGCCAGCCACAACUUGUAUUUGGAGAACUUUGUUGUACCAACUCUGAAGUUAUCUUUGACCUCUAACAAGAGCAUGCGUUUUCAAGUGGCAGUUAGAAUUGUGGAUCAUUAAAGGUCUCCUGAAAGGUAGUCACUUUUGAUGACAUUGUCUGGUUUUCACAAUGUAUCAUUCCUUAUCUGAAACUAGACAUCCUCUGCAGCCAGAAGAACAAGAAGUGGGCAUUGACCCCUUGUCGAGUUACUCAAACAAGACUGGAGGAGAUUCAAAUAAAAAUGGAAGAAGAAGUUCUACUUUAGAUUCUGAUGGGACUUUUAAUUCCUAUAGGAAAGAAUGGGAAGAACUAUUUGUAAACAACAAUUACUUGGCAACAAUAAGGCAGAAGGGGAUUAAUGGGCAGCUGAGAAGCAGCAGGUUCCGCAGCAUUUGCUGGAAGCUAUUUCUUUGUGUUCUUCCUCAAGAUAAAAGCCAGUGGAUAAGUAGAAUUAAAGAAUUAAGAGCAUGGUAUAGCAACGUUAAAGAAAUACACAUCACAAACCCAAGGAAGGUUGUUGGCCAGCAAGAUUUGAUGAUCAAUAAUCCCCUUUCACAGGAUGAAGGGAGUCUUUGGAAUAAAUUUUUUCAAGAUAAAGAACUUCGAUCAAUGAUUGAACAAGAUGUCAAAAGAACGUUUCCUGAAAUGCAGUUUUUCCAACAAGAAAAUGUGAGAAAAAUUCUUACAGAUGUUCUUUUCUGUUAUGCUAGAGAAAACGAGCAGUUGCUUUAUAAACAGGGCAUGCACGAGCUGUUAGCGCCUAUAGUCUUUAUCCUCCAUUGUGACCACCAAGCUUUUCUUCAUGCCAGUGAGUCUGCCCAACCAAGUGAGGAAAUGAAAACUCUCUUGAACCCCGAGUAUCUGGAACAUGAUGCCUAUGCAAUGUUCUCACAACUUAUGGAAACUGCCGAACCUUGGUUUUCUACUUUUGAGCAUGAUGGUCAAAAGGGGAAAGAAACACUGAUGACUCCCAUCCCCUUUGCUAGACCACAGGAUUUAGGGCCAACAAUUGCUAUUGUUACCAAAGUUAACCAAAUCCAGGAUCAUCUACUGAAGAAGCAUGAUAUUGAGCUUUAUAUGCACUUGAACAGACUAGAAAUCGCACCACAAAUAUAUGGGCUACGGUGGGUCCGGCUACUGUUUGGACGAGAGUUCCCCCUGCAGGAUCUUCUGGUGGUCUGGGAUGCCUUGUUCGCAGAUGGCCUCAGCCUGAGUUUAGUUGAUUAUAUCUUCAUAGCCAUGUUACUCUACAUUCGAGAUGCUUUGAUCUCUAGUAACUACCAGACCUGUCUUGGCCUUCUGAUGCAUUACCCACUAAUUGGGGACGUACACUCACUAAUUCUUAAGGCUCUGUUCCUUCGAGAUCCAAAGAGAAAUCCAAGACCAGUGACUUACCAAUUCCAUCCAAAUUUAGAUUAUUACAAAGCACGUGGAGCAGACCUCAUGAAUAAAAGCCGGACCAAUGCCAAAGGUGCUCCUCUGAAUAUAAAUAAGGUCUCUAAUAGCCUGAUUAAUUUUGGAAGAAAGUUGAUUUCUCCAGCAAUGACCACCCCAAGCAGUGCAAGUGGCCCUGUACCAGUAGGUGGUGGUGGCAGCUCUUCCACUACUGUGGUCUCCACCAGGACCUUAGCAGAGGUCCCCAGGCAUCAUUUGCAACAACAGCAGCAGCAGCAACAGCAGAGACUGAUGAAGUCAGAAAGCAUGCCUGUGCAAUUGAACAAAGGACAAAGUUCUAAAACUAUCAGUUCCUCCCCAAGCACUGAAAGUUUGCCUGGAGGAAGAGAAUUCACUGGCUCCCCACCUUCAUCUGCUACUAAAAAGGAUUCCUUCUUCAGCAACAUCUCCCGUUCCCGCUCACACAGCAAAACUAUGGGCAGAAAAGAAUCUGAGGAAGAAUUAGAAGCCCAGAUUUCCUUCCUUCAAGGACAGUUGAAUGACCUGGAUGCCAUGUGCAAAUACUGUGCAAAGGUGAUGGACACUCAUCUUGUAAAUAUUCAAGAUGUGAUAUUACAAGAAAAUUUGGAAAAAGAAGAUCAAAUUCUGGUUUCUCUGGCAGGAUUAAAACAGAUCAAAGACAUUCUUAAAGGUUCCCUGCGUUUCAACCAGAGUCAGCUGGAAGCUGAGGAGAAUGAACAGAUCACCAUCUCAGAUGACCACUACUGCUCCAGUGGCCAAGGCCAGGGCCAGAGCGACCAAAUGCUUAGGACCACCAAGCAGGCCUCUUCAGAAACACCAGGGCACAUGGACAGAGGGGGUGCAGACGACUUCAUCCUGGUCUCCAAAGAAGAUGAGGGGGGCAGUGCCAAGGGGUCCUUCUCAGGCCAGGCCCAGCCUCUUCGCACCCUCCGCAGCACCUGUGGGAGAAGUGAGCCCCUGGCCCGUUCACCUCUGGUGUUCUCCGACCCUCUGAUGGGCCCCGCCUCGGCUUCCUCCAGCAACCCCAGCUCCAGCCCUGAUGAGGACAGCAGCAGCAACAGCAAGGACUCUGGCUUCACUAUUGUGAGCCCCCUGGACAUCUGACCACAGGGCCCCUGGUCUCUUCUGUGGGGAUUGGGCGCCCCCCUCAACAGCCCCAGGGCCCAACUGAGGCUUCCUCAGCGGGAGACCCCUCUGAAACCAACACUUCUUUCUCAGCAUGCCUGUGGCCUUAGUACAACCCAUCGGAACCCUCUAGAGAGAGGCAGACGGCCACAAAGCACACAGACUGAUGGUCCCCAAAUGCAGACAGGGCUUUCUGGGCCCUUUCUGCAUCCCACCUCACCUUUGGUCUGAGGUAGACCAGGGUUAAGUAUCCGGUAUCAGGCUCACUGUCAAAAAAAAGACCAAACCAAAUGAGAAUCACUUUUCCUCUGUCCCCUUCUCCCCAGCUAAGAAUUAGGUAUGGCAACCCCAUCUGUUAUAACUAGAAGAAGGAAGAAGAGUUGGUUUCAAAUCUUCCCUCCCUUGGACCAUCAGGCAUAGGAAAAUUGAUAUCAAGAAGGCUUUCUCUCUGAAAAUCUGUAUCUCAGCCUUUUUCAUUCCUCCUUUGGGAAGCCAUACAGCAGAGCCAAAUACAACAGAAUGGACCACAACUGGUGGAUUCCAGGGCUGGAGAAAACCCAUCACUGACCUCUCAGAAAGUUACAAUGAUCUUUAGAAACAGGGUUUAAACUUAGGAAUUCUAUUUAGGUGCGAUGGGGUCUAGAUUUCUUCAUUUGUUAAAGAGUAUACUUCCAAACCUCAGGCCAGAUGGACUCUGGCCAUCGCUGUCCCUCCUCAGCUGAUUGUAUUUCACCCUUUAGAAUCUUUUACAACCAGAAAACAAGGUCACAUUAAGCCAGUCUUUGCUGCACUGAUUUCAAAAGUCAUAAGAAUAUUACUUCCUGGAGAAAAUGUGACCUUCACUGUGGGACAUACAUCUCAGUAAUUUUCUGGUAGAGUUUCUGUAGUUUUGGCGCUGGAACACACCUGUCAGUUGAGAAGGAGAGGGAAAAACCCAAGCUCCUUCCCAUCCAGAGUCAGGAUCUCCCAUUGGCCUUAAAGUAACAGUAAUAGGAGUCCCUUCUGGGGGAGCAGGGCUUCCCACAGAACACUCCAGGUGUCAGGAAGGUGCAGGAUUUCUGCACAGCCCUUCCCUCGCUGGGUGCCAGGCACGGGAGCUGCAGGGCAUGGGUUCACUUACGCCCUGUGUCCCAGGCACCCCCGCCGGGGCAGGACCAGCUCUCACACGCUUCAGCACAUGAUAGAGAUUUCCCCCUUUUGGUCGGCAGCUCAUGGAAUCAUGCUGGACAGAGUCCCAGGAGUGGUUUCUCUCCUUGAGAAGAAAAGCCAUGCAAAGGACACUUGUCCCGUGCUUUGCUCAAACAGGCAUUCUAACAGGAGCUCCAGAGUGCCCUUCACCUCCCCUGGGGGCAGCCCCUGCCCUGCAGUGACCACUGCUCCGCUCGGGGCUUCUCUAAGGAUGGCAAGGCCUGUGGGCAGUGGAAGCUUUCAUGCGAACCAGUGGAAAGCUAAAUUUGGAAGAACACACACCGUUUACAGUCCUUCCCCUGCUAACCGUGUAUUUCUCCGCAGUCUGAUAACACCCUGAUUCCCCAUGUGCUCUCCAAGAAUGCAGUGAGGACUCGGAGUCAGCUGCUGCACAGAAGGUUCCAGUUAGCUUUACAGUUUGCUCUCAGCCUCUAGCAGGAGAAUCUGUGAACACGUGAGCAUGGAAGAUGAAUAAUAACUCUGCUUUUGCUCAAGUGACAGGGUUGCUGGGCUCUCCAUGAUUCCUCCAAGACCUGCUGAUGAGCUCCCUGGCUCCCUGAUGGAGUGGUCUGCUCAGCACGCCCUGGGGGUGACUCACUGACUUAGUUACUGCCAAGUAUGUGUCGCUCGCCUUGAGGACACUUUGUUCGCUCCCUAGGCCCCCCUAUAGUGACUGGCCUUGCAACUGCACACGUUGCUAUUAUUUCUCUCAGAUGACCUGGCUCGGCAAGUUGUCAGCGUUUUCAGUUCUAAGGUGAGAAGUGUGGGGCUGCCCUCACCAGGGCUCCAACGCCCGAGCUGGAAAGAGCCAUGGAGAUGGCUGUCCCUGGGCAGUGGGUCACAGCCAUCUACUCACUUUCAGCAGUUCCUUCACCCUGAGAGCUAGAGUCCUGAUAGUCCAGUGUCACCGAGCACACAGUAGCCUUAGCCUCCAGACACCCGCCACCCUGACGAGGCUCUAGGCUCCUUCCCUGCAGGUGGCUAGAUGUUUAGUGGUCCCAGAACUCUCCCAGUGCUCCAGCACACAAGGGGCGGGUCCCUCCAUUCUGUGCUUCCAUGUUGGUGCCACGUGAGACCCAGUGGGGUCACUCAGAGGUGUUGCUUCUGUGGUCCCCAACAAGCCCCUCCCUCCUCAGAGGAAAGAAACACGAGGCUGGGUGGGAUGUGAGCAGUGCCACCCUCAAAUCCUCAUAGGUCCGUGGGGGUUUGAGAAUUGUAUUACUCUCUUAAUCUUUUUUAAUGACUUGUUUUUAUUCUGCAUACUUGAGCAUUGUUUGCAUUUUUAUUAGUUACAGUGCUAUUAAAGAAUGGUUUUUUUUAUGAUUUUAUCAGGUACUUAACGUUUAAAUGCACAUUUUUUUAAAAUCCUGAAUAUGAAACCUUUUUGUUUUCCUUUAACAAGUAUAAUCAGUGGAGCCCGCUCAUGUUUUGAUUAUUAACAGUUAAAUAUAUUUUAUAUGUGUAAAGCUUAAAUGCAUUCUCAUCGUCAUCCACUUUUUUAAUACAUGUGCCUGUGUUUCAUGCAUUCCUCUCCAAUCAGUUUGGAAAUCUGAGUUAAAAUUUACCUCUACAUUGCGUCUGAGAGCUACAGAUUAGAGAAAGAAAGUCGUCAUGACUUUGCCUUACCUUUUGUAUAUGCCCAGGGGUCAUGAUAACACUUUAAACAUUUAAUUGUACUGGAUUAUUCUUCCAAAGAUGGCCUCCUGCUAAUGCUCACCACUAACUGCAAUCUGGUAAGAAAUAGUAUCACUGCAGAUUGAGGGUGACUAAAAAUAAACCCAGGCCUCCCUGUGCUUUGCCGACUCUGCAUCCGACGAGGCGCAGUCCCGUGCGUCGGUCCUUGGGGGCAGAGUGCCCACCACCCACACGUACGAUUCCUCCACUUCGUCGGGGACGAAAAGCAAACCUAAAACUUGGUGGCAGUUAUGUUGUCUGCCGAUGAUAGGUCACCUGCCGGAGUUGACUCACAUUUACUUUUUUUAUUAAGAAACCGCCCUGGGGGGUUGUUACAGAACCCGAGUGUGGGGGGGACACGGGCCCUCGGGGUGGCCGUUCCCGCCUCCCGGGUGUCCAGAGCAGGGGUGCUGGGGGCCCGCGGGGCGGGGAGAGGCCAGGAUGAGUUAAGGGCAGCACCUGGCGAGCCGGGCUUCCUGCUCACAGGCCGUCACUGCUCCCGCUGGUUACUUUCAGAGCUCUCUUUUUAUCGUGUUGAAAAGAAAUAAAAAGUUCCUGUAAACAGGCUGGAGACCGCUUUGAUGUAGAAGUUGUCAUCAUUUUGUCUCGCGACGGCACAGUUCACGUGAUUUAUGGAAUAGCCUGUUGUGCCAUUCCUAUCCUGUUGCUCUGUUCUCGUUCGUCUUUAGCCUGUUACUCACACGGACUUAAAUGACUUAUCCUUUUGGCAGAGCGAUCCCAUUCAGUGCGGUUAUAAUAAAAGACUGAUGUGAAAC